GCCUGCCACCAAUGAGGAGCAGACCUUGAUGGAAUUGAGUUACCGCCUAUAAACAAGAUGGCAGUCGAGAGAUUGACUCCAUCUCCACGCCCAUGAGGGGUGAGGCCCCUUCUGGCCCAAAGAUGGGGAACAUCACUACAGACAACUCCUCACAAACCUGCCCCAUCGACCACACCAUCCACCAGACACUGGCCCCAGUGGUGUAUGUGACCGUGCUGGUGUUGGGCUUCCCAGCCAAUUGCCUGUCCCUUUACUUCGGCUACCUGCAGAUCAAGGCCCGGAAUGAACUGGGAGUGUACCUGUGUAACCUGACCAUUGCGGAUCUGUUCUACAUCUGUUCGCUCCCCUUCUGGCUGCAGUAUGUACUCCAGCACGACAACUGGUCUUACGGUGACCUAUCCUGCCAGGUGUGUGGCAUCCUCCUCUAUGAGAACAUCUACAUCAGCGUGGGCUUCCUCUGCUGCAUCUCCAUCGACCGCUACCUGGCUGUGGCCCACCCCUUCCGCUUCCACCAGUUCCGAACCCUGAAGGCAGCCGUGGGUGUCAGUGUGCUCAUCUGGGCCAAGGAGCUGCUGACCAGCAUCUACUUCCUCAAGCACAAGGAGGUCAUCGAGGACGAGGACCGGCACCGAGUCUGCUUUGAGCAUUACCCGAUCCAGUCCUGGCAGCGUAGCAUCAAUUACUACCGCUUCCUGGUGGGCUUCCUCUUCCCCAUCUGCCUGCUGCUGGCCUCCUACCAGGGCAUCCUGCGGGCUGUGCGCCGCAGCCACGGCACACAGAAGAGCCGCAAGGACCAGAUUCAGCGGCUGGUGCUGAGCACGGUGGUCAUCUUCCUGGCUUGCUUCCUGCCCUACCACGUGCUGCUGCUGGUGCGCAGCCUCUGGGAGGCCAGCUGUGAGUUUGCCAAGAGCGUCUUCAACAUCUACCACUUCUCCCUCCUCCUCACCAGCUUCAACUGUGUAGCUGACCCGGUGCUGUACUGCUUCGUCAGUGAGACCACUCACAGGGACCUAGCCCGUCUCCGAGGAGCCUGCCUGGCCUUCCUUACCUGCUCCAGGACAAGCAGGGCCAGGGAGGCCUACCCUCUGGGUGCCCCUGAGGCUUCUGGGAAAAGUGGGGCCCAGGGCGAGGAGCCUGAAUUGUUAACCAAGCUCCACUCGGCCUUCCAGACCCCUAACUCACUGGGAGUGGGAGGAUCGCCCACAGUUGGGUUGGCCUAGCUUGAGUCAUCCGUAUGUGAGGCUAGGUUAGGCCUGAGCUUUCACCAACGGGCCUUGUGGUCUGGAGCUUGUGCGGUGGCUGUCUCCCACAUUGCCAUGUACAGGUGCCUCUUUCCUCAGGCAGGAAGGACCUCUCGGUCUUGGGCCACAGCUAGGUCCCCCCACCCCCUGGAAGCCUACUCUGUGCUGAACCUGGGCACUGCUGAGUGUGUGAAUGAGCCCUGUCUUCUCCCAUAUUCUCUGAUGCUGCCUGAGCUACAGGUGGGAGAGAGUCAGAAUUGUCACUCCCAGGACGUUUUCAACCGCCAAGCCUUCCGGUGCCACUGUUGCCACACAUGAUUCCAGUCCAAAUGUGCUGUGGUCUUGUGUGACACAGGAAGCUGGUUAAGGUGAAGAAUGGGGGUGUGGUGCGGUACUGGUAUGGAGGGGGCAGGAACAACAGCAGAGUGACAGCCCCAGGACCAGUCACGUCCCACUUUUACAGGGCUGGUCGAACCCAAACCCGAAGGGCUGAUGGCAAACAAACCCCAGGGCUCUCUGGGGAGAUCCCAGGGGCCCUCCAAAAUGUCAUCCUAAAGCUCAAAUAAGAGGACUUGGGCCUGAAGCUGUGUCCCUAACCAAGUUCCUGAAUAGGGCUUUUCUUAAUUAGUUUUUUGUUUCCAUCUGACCAGAGUGCUAGCUAGAUCUGAGCGCCUGACGGAAGAGAGAGAGAGAGAGAGAGAGAGAGAGAGAGAGAGAGAGAGAGAGAGAAUAUAAAAAUGGCAGGGUGUCCAUGGCGAUUGUGGCCAAGACACUGAUACCAGAGUCAUGCGACUACUGCCAGGAACUCCUAUCCUUCACUCCACACGCUAUAGACCAUCCAGCAGCCUUUGAGGGGAAUGUGACAGUUUCCCAGAGUUCCUAGGUACAACCAAACUAACAAAACACACAUCAUCAUGUCUCUUGACCACAGGUUUGGCCUCAAGCUCCACUCUGAUAUAGUUCUUGUAGGAGAGUUUGUCAGAGAUGGCUGCACGCCAGAAAGACCCAUACCUACCCCAGCCUAGGACCUUGUGGGGCAAUGGUGAUAGCUGAGUGUCCCACACCUCUUCAUUCUGCAGUAUCCCCGCCCCCUCCUUCCCCUCUCCAUUUUGACCUGAAAUUCUGGAUCUCACUGGCUUGGACUGGAACAAGCUGAGUCUGGCUCCUCUUACAAUGGAGAGCUGUAUUUUUGUAUUGUCAUCUCUAUUAUGCCAAGUAUCCCUGUGUUGGACUGUGAGGUGGAUUUAUGUAGUGAUUCAGUCU